AUGGUGAACAAUCGAGCUUUUGCCAUGACACCUGGCGACGCCAACUUUGAUGGCAUCCACUCUGGUUAUCCUGCCCAGUACUUGCCCGAUAGCAAUUUCACUUACGCUGGCAUCAACUACAUUUUUCCUGAAUACAAGACUUCGGGCGACGAUAACGUACUUGCCCAAGGCCAGGUCGUCACCCCUCCUCGGGGACGUUACUCCAGUAUUUCUAUGCUAGUAGCUGCUGAGUCUGCUGUUGCUACCGGCUACGUUAAUGUCACCUACACAGACAACACUACCUCUUCCGGGCCUGUUCUUGUAGACCCUUUCUGGUCAUGGUGA